AAAAUGGUUGAUUUGAAGAAGCUUACCGCAUUCUUCUUAUCCAAAUGGGGAGGGGAUGUUGUAUGUAUCGCCCAAACCAAAGCACAGAAGAAGAAGAAAGAAGCACCGCCACUUUUAUUUGUUAGUUAGAGUUUAGUAACUGUGUGACUCCGUUCCUCCUAUGAGACCUCCCAAUAACAACAUUCACCGCCGCCUUCUUAUUAAUACAAUUUCAUUUUCACUGUUCUCCUCUUCUUCCUCCUAUCCUUAAUUAAACCAACCCAGCAGCUUCGGAGGGAGGUAGUAGAAGAAGAAGAAGAAAUGUCCUGUUUAUUGCCACACUUCAACUGUCACCCAGACACUUUCAUUAGAACUACUCCUCCUAUCAUCCAUACCCACCGUCAUCAUCAUCAUCAUUUCAUUCUUCAAUCAGCAGCCAAAACAAGACACUUCCGCCCACAAUGUAUUUUGUCUCCUUCAACUUCAUCAACGGCACUCCUUGAUUUCGAUAAUAGUAAUCAUAAAUUCGAUGCUUGGCCCUAUGUCGCCGCUCAGGCAACCUCCUCUGCAGAAUUACUUCUUAAUAGUGAAGAGGCCGUCGUAACUGCUGCUGCUUCUGAAGCCCUUGCUCUUGCUAAAGCAGCUGCCAAGCUUGCAAAGGAUACAGCUUUAUUAGUCAAAAACAAACCUCCACAACAACCGCAACUUCCUUCAACGUCUGAAAAUUUACUUCUCAAAUGGGUUCAACACAUGGAAGCAGCAGAAGCUGCUGCUGCAGCAGCAGCAGGAGGAGGAUCCACAGGCAUUGGACCAGAAAUAAUCCAAGAGGUUGAAAUUAGCCCCAUCCAAGAAGAGGAGGAGGAGUUUGACGAUGAGGAACCUACCAGUGAGGAGCUUGAAGAUGCCCAGGAACAAUUUUCCGAUAGUAUAGAUGCAAGAUCUGGGCGCCAAACAGAAAGAAAAGCCAGAAGAGUAAGAGCAGCUGGGAAGGCUGCCACAAAUGUUGUGUCGUUUAAGUUUGGAUCCACUGGCAGGAAAAAGCGUGUCCGUACACAAGAGGUUCAUUAUUCUGAUCCACUGCGUUCCUUAAGAUCAACAACUAGAGCUACAAGGCUUCUUACUGCAUCAGAAGAAGUUAAGUUGUCUGAAGGAAUACAGGACCUGAUAAAGCUCGAAAAACUUCAAGAGGAUCUUGCAGAAAAAUUUGGUGGCCAGCCCACAUUUGCCCAAUGGGCUACAAUGGCAGGGGUAGAUCAGAAGACCCUAAGAAAACGUUUAAACUAUGGUGUAUUUUGCAAAGAAAAAAUGAUUAAAAGCAAUAUACGACUUGUCAUAUCAGUUGCUAAGAAUUAUCAGGGAUCUGGGAUGAGUCUGCAAGAUCUAGUCCAGGAAGGAUGCCGCGGCCUGGUAAGAGGUGCAGAGAAGUAUGAUGCUUCUAAGGGUUUUAAGUUCUCAACCUAUGCUCAUUGGUGGAUUAAACAGGCAGUUCGGAAAUCACUCUCUCUUCAGUCAAGAAUUAUUCGAUUGCCGCUCUACAUGGCGGGGGCAGCUUACAAAGUGAAUGUGGCAAGAAAACAAUUGUACAUGGAAAAUGGAAGACAGCCUAACGAUGAAGAAGUUGCUGAAGCAACUGGGAUGUCAAUGAAGAGGCUUAAUGCUGUACUUUUGACUCCAGAAACUCCCAAAUCUCUAGAAACGAAAGUUGGGAUCAACCUUAAACCUUCAGAAGUACUUGCUGAUCCUGAAGCUGAAACAGCUGAGGAACAGCUCAUUAAGCAGUUCAUGAAAAAGGACCUGGAAAAGGUACUGGACAGUCUCAAUCAAAGAGAGAAACAGGUGAUUAGAUGGAGAUUUGGUAUGGAUGAUGGCAGGAUGAGGACCCUGCAAGAGAUAGGGGAAAUGAUGAGUGUGAGUAGGGAGAGAGUUAGACAAAUUGAGGCAUGUGCUUUUAGGAAGCUUAAGAACAAGAAGAGAGCCAAUCAUUUGCAGCAGUACGUGGUUUCAUAACUUCGCCAAUUAUUGAUGUUUGCUUACUUCAGGUCCUGAUGUCUUUGUUCUUUAUAUGUAUGCUCUUCCUCCACUUUUUUUUUUUUUUUUCCUUUUCCCUUCAUUAUUUAAGAGAAAACAAUAAGGUUAUUUUAAGUAUGCUAGGAGUCAGGAAAUGGAUGUAAACACAAGCAAAUGAUUUUUUUUACCCCUUUAUGUGAAGCGUUGGUGGAGAGAGGAUUCCUAUCCUUCAA